GGCUCCUGUCUCCGCAUCGCUUGGCCACGGCGGGAUGGAGCGGACGGCUUUGUGCAGCUGGAUCCUCAGUGCGCGAGUCCCGGGAUGGCAGUGGGGGCGCCGGGGUCCCCGGGGAGUCUCAACCUCAGCCGCCUCCGCUUAGUACCCUGCCCGCCUCUUCAGCGCCUCGCCAUGUGGCCAGUGUUGCGGGAGCGGGAGGGCUCGCCCGGUUCUCCGAAUCCAGCCGCGGUGCUGGAGGCGGCGCAGGAGCUGCUGAGGAACCGUCCGGUCUCUCUGGGCCACGUGGCGGCCGCUCCUCCGGACGCCCCCGGCCCGGUGGCCGCCCUGCACAUCAGCGGGGCGCCCAGCCCGGAUCCGGCCGGGCUGGUCACCCCUCGCACCCACAUCGGUCUCAGCGGGGUCCCUCCCUCGGAAGCGGAGCCGCAGCCCGAGGUGCCCCUGGGGGGCCUUUCGGAGGCAGCCGACUCGCUACGGGAGCUCCUCCGCCUGCCGCUCCGCUACCCCAGCGCCCUGGCCUCACUGGGGCUAGCAGUACCCCGCGGGGUGCUCCUGGCCGGCCCUCCCGGAGUGGGCAAGACCCAGCUCGUGCGGGCUGUGGCCCGGGAGGCGGGCGCGGAGCUGCUGGCCGUGAGCGCCCCAGCGCUGCAGGGCGCCCGGCCCGGGGAGACCGAGGAGAACGUGCGUCGGGUCUUCCAGCGCGCCCGGGAGCUGGCCAGCCGCAGGCCCACCCUCCUCUUCCUGGACGAGGUGGACUCCCUGUGUCCUCGGCGGGGCGGCCCACACCAAGCCCCCGAGAGCCGCGUGGUGGCCCAGGUGUUGACGCUGCUAGACGGGAUCAGUGGGGACCGCGAGGUG